UGCUGUGAUGUAAGCACAAGGACAGGCCAGGAGUCCAGAGCCAGUCUAUACAAGCACUUUCCAUCUCCAUCCACCCUGAGAUCCCGCCAGAGUCACAGCACCAUCACAGCUUCCUCUUCACCACACACAGGGAUGAUGCAGACUGCACACCACAGUAUCACCAAACAACGGAGGCAGCAGGCACUGGCCCUCAGCAAAGAGGCCAGAGGAGAAGGCCUGAACCUUGGAAAGAAGGUCAGUGUGCCAAAAGACGUGAUGAUGGAGGAGCUGAACCUGACGUCAAACAGAGGCUCCAGAAUGUUCCAGGAGAGGCAGAAGAGAGUGGAGAAAUACACAGUGGAGGGCACGGCUGACGCAUCUUCUCUCAUAUACAACAACCAGCAUUUCAGCCAGCUCCAGAACCAGGGCCAGACAGCUGCACACUCACAGGGAGGAAAGGAGAACGUGGCGUACCCUGUACCUGGUAAACACAGUCUGGUUACCACUCUGAAGAAAACUGUGGCCAAGAAAGGCAGCCCCAGCGUCCUUGCUCCAGGUUACUCUGGUCCUCUAAAAGAAAUUCCACGUGAAAAAUUCAACGUCACAGUAAUUCCCAAAUCUUACUGCUCACCAUGGAGAGAGGCACUGGGAGACAACGAAGAGCUUCUGUCCACCCUGAACGCACAGCUACCUCAGCCAGAGAAACUCCCACCUGCUAGCUACAGAUGCUUCAACAGAGUUGCGAUGCCAUUCGGGGGUCCCAUGCACAGUAAGAGGGUGAUCCCCGUCAUUGGUUUUGAGGCGCUGGAAUCCCAAAGCUUGCCAGGCGUGGUGAUGGACAGGAUGUCCAAAAGACGCAACUUUAACAGAGCACCUCGGGGAUGGGGUAGUGGAUUGGUACCCGAAUCCAAUGAACUCUAAGCCCGCCAGGGUCAAACGCACACCUGCCUGCUGUUUACCUGUGGCUGAGAGACUGUAGCACUCACCUGUUGUGGUGUCAUUAUCAUGGACAGUCCUACUGCAGAUGGCAAAGCAGAGGUGGCCAACAUUCUCCCAGAUCCUAGUGCAUGUUGAGAUCCUAGACAUCUUGAGUAGCUCUUCAACAGUAAGGUUGGCCAACCCUGCUUUGGCAAUUAGUAAUUACAGCCUAAAAGAAAAAAGUUUGGGUAAAAAUCAAAUGUACACAAGUUCCCCUUAUCCCAAAUGCUUUUUUAGGUUUGCACUAACACAUAACGGAAGCUUGUAUCCCACUAGUUAGCAUUAAGCAAACCAAAUGGCUCAAUCACACACUCAGCCUAAACCAUGUCAAUGAUAAGGUAAUCUAAGAUAUAGUAGCUUGGUUUUUGACACUGUACGUCAAAGUUAUCUGUAAACAGACAAAACUGUGGAUGGCUGUUACUAUAGCUAUGCAACAAAAGGGGAAAUUGUGUAGAGUUUUUAUUCCAAAACUAUUCAUUUAAGACAAACACUGUUGUGUAGCAAAGUAAAAAUGAUGAAUUUGCUCAAUAGUUAUAAUUAGUUAUAACAAUAUAACAAUUAUAAGAUGUAAUACAUUUACAGAAAUAUCCUGACAGUCACUUUGACAUUAUGGCACAUUUUAUAACAGUGUUCACAGAGGAUGCCAGACAGCAUAAUGAUUUCUUAAUAAAAGUCAGGUUUCUUUUGUCUGUUAUGUUCAACAGAGUAUCACAACCUCACAACAAUAACAAUGGAAAGAUAGAAGGAAAAGAACACAAAACACAGAAGCUGACAAAGCCUGUCCCUCACAGCUGUUGGUCAAGAGUGGCCAAGAGGCAUGUGUGGGGAAAGUACUGGUAACGGUAUUGUUUUCCUUCCAAAAAACGAAAAGAGCAUGCAUAAAA